GUCGGGGGCGUGCGGGCGGGCCAGCAGGACGGGGAGCCUUGGGCGCUGAGGAAGCUGCAGAAGAAGACCGCAGGGAUCAUGGAGGUGGCGAUGGGCAACAAGUGCGAGGAGUGCUUCUCCCUGUGGGUUGACGCGUUCAGCCACUUGGAGUGGGGCGACCUCUGCGAGCUGAGCCAGGGCGACGAGGAGAUCAAGCAGUCCGUGAUCACCGCCAGGAAGGUGUUCAAUGAGCACGAGCCGCCGCCGAAGCCCGUCCAGGAGGCCGCCGAGCGCACGGAGCACACGAUCGAGUCCAGGAGGUCGUACAUCGUCUUGACGGAGUCCGACUUGGGGAAGGCGUUGGGCGCUAGGCGCAUCACGAAGGCUGCGACGAGCUCCUUGUAUACCGCGGAGGUGCCGAAGGAGGAUGAGGAUGGCUGGGAGAUGGCGUAUUGGUUCGUCAACCCGAUGGUGCCCUACAGGACCGUGGACGUGGUAUCGCGGACAGGCGUCUCCCGCGAUCACUUCGUCAUGGGCCGCACGAAGCAGUUGUGGCCCAACCAGGGGCCCGUGAUGAGCACCCACAGGACGCAGCUCAUGCACAACGAGAAGGGCAUCAUGAACAUCAUUACCAAGGACAAGAUGGGCUACCUGUGGAAGCUGGAGGACUUCUUGCAGUCCAGGCUCGGCGAGAACACCGAGGGCGGCACCGAGGGUCAGGCGUUGCCUCCAGGCGGCGCCCCGCCGAAGCAGGCCGAACCCCUUCGGCGCGCAGGCUCGGGCGUCGCGGGCUCGGCGAGCUGCGUCGGCGGGUCCCCGAGAGAGUCGGCGUCCCAGUUCGGCGGCGGCAUGUCCGAGGACGGGGGCGCGGCGUCCACCGCUGGCUACAUGGAGGCUGGCAGUGCAGGCAGCAACACGGUGGAGUACUGGAAGAGCAAGAUCGACCUGUCCUUGGUGAUGGACGGCCAGGUGGACGGGCGGACCAUCAGUGCGUGCAAGAAGGCAGCAGGUAUAAAGAUGGCUGCUGAUGACGAGGCUGCCAGGCUGGACGCGCAGCUGCUGAACAAUUUCAUCAAGCUGAUCCUCAUGGCCCAGGCCCUCCAACCUGCCACCAUUCAGGGCAUCGAGAAAAGUGAGCUGGCCAUCUACCUGGGCAAGAUGAAGGAUGAGAAGGUCGAGUUUCCUUUGGGCACCAGCGAGAAGCUCUUGCACCUGAAGAUCGCUGGCCAGCAGCAGCUGGGGAAUAUGAUCGGUCUCUUUGAUGCCCUGGACCCGUUCACUACUUCAGAGCUGGCCUCAGGUUUCGACCCUGAGAACCCUCGGUUGAGUGACAUCGAGCUGCCGAUGGGCGCCAAGACGAGGUUGUUGGUUCACAUCUCAGUUGAUGCGAUGCUGCUCCCAAUGCUCGCCAAGGGCAUGGACUCACGCGCCCAGGUGGAGACCUACUUGAAGUUCUGCAUCGAUCGGUUCAAGGACGUCGACAUCUUGGAGCUCGACGCGAACGCGGGCGCGUGCAUAUCGGAGUGCCUCGACGCGUGGCAUGCCGUGUGCGCCCUC